AUGAAGUAUAUUUUUCUGUUUGUCAAUCCUACUGCGGGGGGGAAUAGAGCAUCUAUGUUCACCGACUUUGGAGUCAACGAUAUAUUAUUCCACAAGCCGCACAAAUGCCAUUUCUCCAUUUACAACAUUUUGGAAGGCGAGCAUGGGAAGAAGCCCGGGUUCCUGCGCCUCAGUUCUGUGACCAACAGCCCACCCGAGGCUGAAAAUAAAAGUGACUCCGUGACCCUCAACUUGGGGAGCCCCCUUAGCAAAAGUAGCCUCUCCGUCGAGGGGAAAAGCGACAAGUCGAACCGCAAUUCGAGUAAUACCCCCAGUCAAAACCGAACAAAUGAGACAAGUAACAAUACGGGAAUUGGUGGAAAGAACAAAGGAGAAGAAGGCCACGACCACAGUGGCACAGAAAAGAGUAACGAUUUGCAAAAGACAGGUAGUAAAAACAGUGAGGGCAUAGCGGGGGAGGAUGAAAACAUAUGUGCCUACGUCCUAGUGGCAGGAGGAGAUGGAACGCUAAACUGGUUUCUAAAAGAAGCAGAGCAUUAUGAUAUUAAGGACGAUAAAAUUGCCGUAGGAGUAAUUCCCUUUGGAACGGGGAAUGAUUUUGCCAAAGCGUUCGGAUGGAAAAAAAUGGAUGGCUUCUUUAACUACACCUUUUUAUUUGAUAUUUUAAAAAAAAUUGUAGAUCAAGCCUUCAGGUCCAAAAUUGAGAAGCAUGAUUACUGGAACGUACAUGUAAUGUUGAAGGAAGAUGGGUAUUUUAAUAAAAUAAGUUCGACGACGAAAAAGAAGGAAACCUUAACUGAAAAUGAACAAAAUGUGAAGGUUCUGAAAUUGUGCAUGAGUAAUUACUUCAGUAUAGGGAUAGAUUCAAGGAUAGGUAGAGGGUUUGAAAGGCACAGACAGAAGAGUGCCUUUUUUAAUAAACUUAUUUAUGUCAUUGAGGGAUUUAAAAAAAUUCUUUUUAAAAAAAAUAUUCCUGUUAAUUUAAUUAUUGAUAAAAUGGUUACUGGGAAAAAUUACGACAACGUUAUUUUUACGACUAGCCAUAAUGACAGCGUAUCUCCUUCACCCCCUGUACUCAAAAAAGCAAUGAGUAUAAUAUGCGUGAAUAUUCCUUCCUACUCCUCUGGAAAUGACAUAUGGAAUUAUACGCAUAAAAUUGGAUUAAAGUUACCGAAGGAUUUGCCUUUGGAGCAGAAAAAAAUGUAUAAAGAUUUAAAAAAAAAACAACAGGAGGUGGGGGAUGGUGUGCUGGAAUUUGUCAUUUAUCAGUCAGGGGUAGACUUGGGGUUGGAAUUCACCCUGAAAGGUAGGGCCUUUAGGGUGCACCAGGGAAUUGGCCCAUGGAAAAUACUUUUUAAAGAGCAAGUGUGUAAUGUUUAUUUUCAGGUAGAUGGGGAGUACUAUCUCAUGUCGUCUCCAGAGAGCAUCUCCAUAGACCAUUAUAAGAAGAUCAAUGUGUUGAAGAAUAUGGUGUGA